AUGACCACCUCCAAUUGCAAAGCAAGGCUGCAAGACAAGAGCUACACCCGAGCAUCGUGGCUUAAGGAGGCCCCGGAGAUCGCGAGUUUCAUUCAAAAUCGAAUCGCGCGGGCACGUGCUGCUGCGGGAAGAGUGGUCAUCUAUGGCCCCAUUCUGGACGUCGUCGACAAGCUGGCCGCGCUCGUCGGAUGCGAGGGCUACCAUCGUAACACCAUUGAUCGCGCUGGGGUGCUUGAGCGGUUCCGAGCUAACACCACGGGUGUCAUAGCCGCGACCAGUACCCUCGGGAUGGGCCUUGACAUCCCCAACAUUCGGAGUGUUAUCCGCGUCGGCCUGCCUCGCUCCAUGCUCGACUUUGCGCAGGAGAGUGGCCGUGUUGGCCGAGACGGGCUUCCCAGCGAGGCCAUCAUUAUCCAACCUCACGGGUUGCCACGGCCCACUUGGGACCCUAUCCAUAUAGACUGGCAGACAGCGCAGGAAGAGCAGGAAAGGAUCGACACAUACGCCUAUUCGGGCUCUUGCCUGAAUUUGCCCCUAGAACACCAAGGAAUCCCCCGCACCUCAAUUUCCAGGAGCCUUGUGGAGAUUCUACGCACUGUCACGGAUAUACCUAGAAUCUCCCCAAAGCCUACCGAGGGACGCCACAACUCUUCGGCGGCGCGUCCACGGGAAGUUCGAUGUGCUUCCGAUAAAGCGUCGACAGAUUCCAGUUGUGCUGGACCAACACCCGACGUUGCCUUCCGCCCAGCGUCGCUUAAAUCAGAGCCUGAUGGAUUUCUGCGAGGUGAUAUUGUGAUUCGUGUGCAAUCACUCUUCAAUUAUGCCGAUCCCACAAUUGCCCUCCAUGAAGCUCCCAGUGACCAUGAUCCGCCCUUUCAGCGAUUGGAGCUUGUGGCAAAUGAGAAUGUGUUCAUGGAUAUCCAUGAGCACAAUCUCAUUGGGCGCAAACAGGUCUUCUUGGAUCAUCGCUUCGAGAACAAGCAAGGUGCCCAGGUUCGACAGACUUCCGAUAGUGUCUUUACCAUUUGUCGAGUCUUCAAUGACCACGCGCCUCUUGUGCAGGAUUGA